GUGAAGGGUUCGACUUGAGAAAAGGAUUGGUGGAAAACACAUUUCAAAUGGAUUUCAUCUCAAGCUGCGUAUUUCUAUUAUUGAUGAUGUUAAAUAUGAGCGCAGGCCAAAACAACAAGUGGCACAUCACUUUCAAUCCACAGGAGAUUACUGCAGUUCCAGGAUUAUGUGCUCUCAUUUCAUGUAACUUCACUUAUCCAGACCAAGCAAAACCUGUUCAGAAGAUCCUGUUGUAUGCAUGUAAUAAAAAUGGAUGUAAUAAGGAAAUUUUCAACUUCAAUAAAAACAGUAGAAGAUACAAACAGAGUGAAGCAGGACAGAUUGAGAUGCUUGAAACUGAUCCUCACAAAAACAAUUGCAGCAUCAUUAUGAAAGAUAUAAAUGUCACAGAUGAAGGUGAAUAUGCUUUCAGAGUGGAAGGGAGUAAUGGACAGAAAAUCACAUAUCCUACGAGGUUUAAAGUUGCCAUUCAAGAAAAGCCCAUAAUGGAUAUUCCCCCUCUCAGACAAGGAGAGCCGGCUGGUUUGAACUGUUCAGCUCCUUUUCCCUGCCUUGAAUCUCCCCCUGAUAUCACAUGGUGGGCCAGGAUAAAAGGGGAACCUGCAAUCAAACUGAAAGAUAACAUCACACUGACCACUUUUAAAAGCCAUUACCUCUCAACUUUGGCCUUAACCCCAUCCUCCAAACUGCAUAAUGCCACUGUUGAAUGUUACGUGACCUACGGACACAUAGACAUCAGUACCCAUAGAACCCUAGAAGUGAUGUAUUUUACAAAUGAAUCGAAAAUAAACAGGACAAUCAGUCAAAUAGGCCCAGAGAUCUACAGUACUGUUGGUGAAAAUUUGACUAAGAGAGCUGAAAAGCUGCUGAAGGACACCAGAGAAACUAAACAUGGAAAUACCAGCUCUGUGGUUCAAGGUACUGAAACUUUUCUAAAGAAAUUGGGCCUCUCAAAGAUACUCACAUUUUUGGCAGGAAUGGCAUGUUCAGCUGUCAUCUUCUCAGUAACACUGUGUUGUUGGGUGUCUUGCCACAGAGUAAAAAAACAUAAAGGGCUGACUGCAAACCCCGACACUGGAGUUAAUUUGGAGAAGAAACUAGCUGAGGAGGAAGAGAGGGAACCAACGGAUAUGGAAUAUACUGAGAUCAACCGGGACAGACGAGGAAAUGGAAAGAGAUGUGAAGAUGAUCAGACUGAAAUGUCAAAUGGAGAAACAGAAGACCAGAAACAGAAGGGAGAGGAGAUUUAUUCCAAUGUACUUUUUGUUGAAUCCUGAAAAGGAGACUAGAGCGGCAAGAGGAUGUACCCAUUCAAGACUUUGUGCAUUAUUUCAAUUUGCAAGACAAUGUUUUUAAAUGACCUUAGUUCAGAUAUUUAAGGUGAGAAAAUGUGGAAAUGUAAGUGUUUAUUUGCAUCUAUUUUUAAAACAGUAGAAAGUGUCUUCAACAGAAAGGUCCGUUUAUCUUUUUUCAUUGUACAAGUAUCAAUUGUUGGUGAUACAUUGCAACAUGAUAUGAAAGGUUGCAUACUUACUGAUUUAGUGUUGCAUUAUUUGUACAUUACCUUUUGAACGUUUCCUGUUGCAUCAUGCACGUUUUCACAAGGCUUGUAAGAUCUCAGAUGUAUAUUUAAGGAAGUGUUAAGUUUCAGCAAUUGCUUACAUUUUUGUGUAACUUAAAAAGUUUCUGAACUCUCAUGAUAAUCCAUCCCAUUUUUUUUUUAAAUAGCUUUAACUAGCACUUAUACAUAUACAACAUUUAGAAAAGUGUCUGAUCGCACUUUUCAAAAUCAUGAUGCAGCCAAUAACCUACAAACAAGUAAGUCUUAAAAAAUGCCUAAACUAAACCUAUGCUAACUUAAUUCAGCGGACUCGAUGCAUGAGUUAACGGACUACGAUAAUGGCCUACUCAGACAACACAUUGUUUCCUAGAGCUUGCAGAAAAUACUCAAAACAGACACAAGCAGCGUAUCUAUCAAUCACAAAUAAUACAGUUGUAUUCAAUUAGAUGUGAUUGUCCAGGAUUUGCCAACUGACAGUUAUGCAUCUUCAUCUACCAUAGCGCGAUUGAGCAGCAGCUGUCGGAGUGACAUUACCUCCCCUCAGGGAAUGAUUAGCUAGAGGAGGAGCUGUCGAUUAAGAACUAGUGGACCAAUGGGGACGCAAAAAGCCCCCUGAUUUACAUGGAACUCUACUCUCAAAUUUUGGAAAAUCAAAGUGCAGAACUUGGAAACAAAUGUAAAGAAAAAUACAGCGUAAGCGUACAAACAAAUGAAAAUAUGAGAAGAAUUGUCAGAGAGCACAAAAACAGUAAUAUAACCAAGGAAAAUAUGAUUUUGUUUGCAGUUCUGAAGACUUUGCUUUUUUGUUUAUGGUGUUUUUGUAGCAUAUUUUAAAUAUUUUUGAUCCAUGCUUGUUAUUUUUUGAUCUUUGCUAAUUAUUAUGAUCUGCGCUUUUUAUUUAUUUUAGAUUUUUUUUUUUCAUCUCCACUUUUAUAUUAUUAUUAUUUACAUGUAUUAUUUUUGGAUCCGUGACCGCAAUACUUUUGACGGGAUUUUGAUCCCAUUUACUUUGCCUGGAUGACGAAUCUCUGCAGCGACUGGCACGGCAGAUGUGUCUUGAUGCAGCCAAACUGAAGGCUCUGAGGACCUGUGCUCUAUCUAUGGAGAUAAGCAAAAUGAAGUUAAAAGAUGGCUUGCAGAAGCUGAGAAGGAAACUAGUAGCACAACCACCAGACUUGUGGAGCUGGCCAUGCCGAGACACGCUAGGUCUGUAAGCCGGUCUUUCACUGUCAUGCUGUAGGCUCUCAACAAUAAUAUUGAUGAAAUGGGUGCUGAUGCUGAGAAGGUGGUUGCAAUGGUAACAGGACAGCAACAAUAGAAAUUAGCUUUGGCUUUCACAGUAUUGAUGAACUAUACACUAUGAAGUUUGCUCAAAGCACAAACUUACAACAUGCUCUUUAUGAUUCAUGAUUUAACUAUUGUAUUACCUUAAAGAAAAGAAAAUGGAAAUGAAUUAAUGGCUACUAAAAUUAAGUUUCAUUAUAGUUUUUAAAUGAUGAACUACCAUAAAUAUUAAUUUGUCAUGUAUGUGCAUAAAAU